ACUCCGCAUAACAAUUCGUAAGUUAAUCACUGUGCUGUGGAGGCAGUUAUUGCCCCAAGAUCGCAAGAUCGAAUCCUCAAGAUAUAAGAAGAUAGGGGGGGGGGGGAAGACAAAAAGAGAAGAGACCAGCUGCGCGCAACGCCGUCGACGCAGUCACCAGCCCGGUUUCUGCUCCUUGCACCAUCCCUAACGUUUUCUUGGUCUGCUUAUCGCAGUGGUUCCGUCUGCAACGGCCAGCGACGGUGGUGGUUCUCUUAAACAGCUGUGGUUUUGUUGCUUCCGGUCCUUUCGGAGACUCCCCUUGACCGUGGGCUGGUCCAUUGUAACCAAGAACAACAACAAACAGGAUCAUGGCGAAGGUUCCGAUCCAGAAGAACAGAGCCCUCAUCGCGCUCUUCCUUUUCUGCCUAAUGGCCGCUACUGUGAUCCCUGGAGUCUAUGCAGRACCUCUAGUGCGCGACAACACGUACGACACCCCUUCACAAUGCGAGCACUUGUGCGAGUACCACUGCUCCGGUCUCACAGAUAUCCUGUCCUGGAAGCUCGGCUGCACCCGGACUUACCAUUGGAAGUGCGACGGCACAGAAGUUUGCACUUGCACUAUUUGCUACGAGGGUGCUUUUUGCGGGGAGUUUGGGUGUUGAAASAGGACCACUUUGGACAAGCAUUCCCAAAAGGAGCAACGGAGGGACGGAGGGACUGAGGGACUGAGGCACUGAGGGAAUUAGCUUUCGUUUCAUCCUGGAUGUCAGUGCCCACAAGUUCCUCUGCAUUGAGGUCCCAAUGGAGGAAGACAAGCAGAUUGAUCUCCACACAGAUGGCCACAGUGGAGAGAGGCCAAAUAUAUCGUUGACAUGGAUCGACGUCUGCAAAGUGGUGUAGAGUCUGUAGACAGAUUGUUCUUGCUGGUGUGUACCGAAUGCUUUUGUGGAGAGAGGCCAAAUAUAUCGUUGGCAUGCUUUUCAACAGUUUUUGUUUUUGCAUCUUCUUGAUUUCUCGGUUGGGGGCAUGUGGAUGAUGUGGUUAUGGGUGUAGAAGUGUGUGCAUAAUUGAAGGGGGCGGCUAACUUGAAGGAGCAAUGCCAUGUGUAGAUCAGGAGUCCGCACCCUGACAUGCUUCUYAUCACUAUUCAGUUUUUUGCAUCUUCUUGGAUUGAAUUUCUCGUUUGGGGGGAAAUUGGAAGCAUGUGUCAGUGGCCAGGGGUGAAGGAGCUUGUCCA